AUGAGCCCAACUGAACGCCUCAGCAAUGUCUUUGAUGCCCUCACCGGACGCGGGGCAACUCAGAGCCCUAAUGAGCUUCCCUGGAACCCCGAUGCCUCCCGGUUUCCCUCGCGUAAGGAGCUGCCCAAGAUCCCCGGGGCUCCGGACCAGGCGGCCUGGGUAUGGGGGAAGAAUGACCAGAUUGGCCGGUUGAACCUUCUCACCCCGGCGAGAGUGAAGGCUGCAGCUGCGGAGAUCAAGACUGGUGAGAUGGUUCGAUUGGAUCUCCCUGCCGAUGUGCCCAAGACCCCAGCUUUCAGUCGAGAGGUCUUUGAGCAUAAAAUCAAGCCGCUGGGUAGCGGCGUCGGGUACGAUGAUGUAUAUCAUAUGAAUACCCAAAGUGGAACGCAAUGGGAUGGAUUUCGACAUUUCGCCCACCUGGGCUCCAAAUGCUUCUACAACGGGGCUACAUCCGAAGACAUCGAAGGCCCCAACCCCACAACCCGCUGCAGCAUCCACCACUGGUCAAACCACUGCAUCGCCUCCCGCGCAGUCCUGCUAGACUACAAAGCCUACGCCGAGUCACAUAACAAAGACUACGACCCAUACACCAGCCACGCAAUCUCGCACGCCGAGCUAGCCGCCUGCGCCGCAGCGCAAGGCCUCGACAUCCGCCCCGAAAGCGCCGGCGGGGCCAUCCGACCAGGCGACAUCCUCCUCGUGCGCUCGGGGUUCGUGCAGCGCUACCACUCGCUCGCGCCGGACGAGCGCACCGCUGCUGCACUGCGCAGCCACGGCGACAUUGCGUUUGCGGGUCUGAAGCAGGAAGAGGAGGUGCUGGACUGGUUGCAUGAUUGCUAUUUUGCUGCAGUGGCUGGGGAUAGUCCGACGUUUGAGUGCUGGCCUGUUACGGCUACGGAGGGGGGUAGGGGCGCGAUCGGGUUUAUGCACCAGAAUAUUUUGGCGCUUUGGGGGAUACCGCUUGGGGAGAUGUGGGAUUUGGAGAAGCUGGCGGAGACUUGUAGGCGUUUGGGGAGGUGGACUUUCUUUGUGACGAGUGCGCCGGCGAAUGUUGUUGGUGGUGUGAGUUCUCAUCCGAAUGCAACAGCUAUCUUCUAG